CACAAGCUCCUCUAACUCAAUCCCAUCAUUACUUCCGGUAGUCAACUUCCGGAAUAAACAUGCCUUGUCCUUGCACGGGCGGGUACACGUUGACAGUAUUAUCAAUCAAGUUUCACAAUCAUAUAUGACCCAGUUCUUGAAUGCCAGUAUGUAGGUAUGCACCGCCUUCUUUUCCGUCACUUUAACACAAUGUCAUCGCCUUGGAAGGAAGCAGCGACGCUAGUCCUAGCCGCGAAAGCACCGAAUGCGUCCCGUCCGGGGACUUUGAUCCCUUUCGAUUAUAAACUCUUGAUGCUGAAACGAAGCUCUCGUAGCGGCUUCAUGCCAAGUGCGAACGUAUUUCCCGGGGGUGUGUUGGAUCCGGCUGAUGAGUCUUCGGAAUGGGUAAAGCUGUUUGAGUCCGCUGGCGUAGGGGUGGAAGAACUGAAGAAAUUCUCCGAUAUUCCAGGCCCUCGGCCUUUGGCGUUUCGCACUCGGCCUCGACAGAAAGUGUCUGGCUCUGAAGUUGCGUUGCCGAGGGAAGUGGCUUUUCGCAUCUGUGCAAUACGGGAAACGUACGAGGAAUCUGGUAUUUUACUGGGCAGGAGAUUUAUCAGGCAAUCACAUGGCCCCAAGUCAGAAGUCACAAAUUCUGGGAAGUUCUACAAGAACAGUGGACUUAAAAUAGCUGACCACUGUGGCUUAGAUUGGUCAGUCCUUGCCCAGUGGCAGUCUAAGGUGGACUCCAAUGCAAACACAUUUCUAACCAUGUGUCAGGAGUUUAGUAUAGUGCCUGAUGUAUGGGCAUUAAGGGAGUGGUUCAAUUGGCUGACCCCCACCGCCGGCGUAAAGCCCGGAAAAGGGGCAGAUCACAAACUUGCCCCGCGGAGAUACGAUGCUUUAUUCUUCCUUUGCUGUAUAGAUGAUCUCUUGGACGUGUCGCAUUGUCAGCGGGAGAUGGUCAAGGCUGAGUGGGUCAGUCCUGUUGAUGCUCUGCUUGACCAUCAGGCUCAUCUGAUUUAUCUUCCUCCCCCUCAAGUGUUUACGUGUAGUGGACUAUGCAACCACCCUAGCAUAGAGCACCUGCAAAGGUUCAGCGUUACGCGCGAGCAGCACGGCAUGGAACGUUGGCUUCCGGUGCUGGUGCCGUGCUCGGACGGAGUGGCUGAGCUGUGGCCUGGGGAUGACCGGUACCCUGCUGAGCCUGACCUCUAUGGUGUAUCGGACUCGGAGACGGAUUCCGUGGUCACUCUGAAGGAGUUUAGGGAAGGGUGUGCUUCGUUGAAUAGACUAGAGUUGUUUUCACCGCAGGAUUCGAAGAUUGUUUCAAAUGUGGCGUCGUAUGGACAUCUAGGUCUAUAUCAAGGGGAAUUGAGGACACCACUGUUGAAUAAAUUGUGAAUUGUGCCUUAAAUGUAUUGAACCAGCAGCCAAGUGGACUUCCAUAAACUUUUUUAACAAGGAAAAAUUUAUAUAAAAGGACAGGGCUAUUUGUACUUAUUUGCACAUUUCAUUUUGACCAAGGGAGGCCAAAAUGUGCUUACAUUAUUAACUUCAGGGAAAGUGAGAGAACGGGAAAUAUUUUUGACCAUAUUCAUUAAGUAAUUUUUUACAGUAUUUUUUUUCAUUGAAGUCUUUUGCACAAGAUAUAGCACAUUAGACUUUAGUGGAGCAAAUUAAAUUUUCUUGUAAAUUUCAGUAAUUUUCCUCCUUAUCGGCAAGGUUUUUUAUUAUCCAAAACCAUUGAAAAUAUUAUAAUGAUAUCAGAACAGGUUAUUAAGUUAUAAAUUUAAAUUUGUUUUAACUGUCUCAAAAAGAAGUUUAAGCAGUCUUGAUCUCCAUGACAAUCUUGAGCGCAUGGUGAAAAAGGAAAGUACUGACAUUUAUAGGAAGUUUAUUUCUGCCACAUGAGAAAGUCUACCGUAAAGUGUUACUUAAAGUGCAUUCAAAUUGUUAUCAUUGGAAAAGAUGUUUAUUUUUCAAAUAUUACGAUUGUUAUAAAAAUACCUGAAAAGCAAUAAAGUCUUUCAAGACGGGAGUCUGAAUCAACUUUUUAUUUCCACAAAAUAGUUAUGACAAUCCAAUAAUUUACAUGUCGAAGAGCACAAUUGAACUCUUUUAAGAGAUGCUUUGGGAUUUACCCUUUAGCCCAAAGUUACAAAUUUGGGUAA